AAAGCGGGAAAAGCUCGGGAGGAGCGGGAAUGAUCGGGAAUUUCGGGAACGCCGCAGAUGCGGCGGCUGAUCACGCGCGGGGAGUGGCAGUCGGAGCAGCAGGACACGAUGAAAACCGGAUCCUCCACCAACAACAACGAGGAGGAGAAAUCCCGGCUGCUGGAGAAGGAAAAUCGGGAAUUGGAGAAAAUCAUCGCCGAGAAGGAAGAACGCGUCUCCGAGCUCCGCCAGCAGCUCCAGGCCCGCCAACAACUCCAGCUCCGCUCCCGCCGCCGCCAUUCCCGCGACUCCCAGCGCGAUUCCCGCGACUCCCAGCGCGAUUCCCGCCAUUCCCAAGCCGAUUCCCGGGAUUCCUUCCCCCAGCCCAGCCUGGUUCGCUGCCUGGUGUCGGAACAGGCGGAAAAACUCGGACGCGGGAAUUGCGACGGGAGCCGCGUCCACCUGCUCUACAAGUGACGGGUUUCGGCGGGAAAAACGGGGGGGGUUUUGGCGGGAAAAACGGGAGUUUUGGCGGGAAAACGGGAGUUUUGGCGGGAAAAACGGGAGUUUUGGCGGGAAAACGGGGGUUUUGGCGGGAAAAUUGGAGUUUUGGCGGGAAACGGGAGUUUUGGCGGGAAAAUUGGAGUUCUGGCGGGAAAAUUGUAGUUUUGGUGGGAAAAUAAGAGUUUUUGCGGGAAAAACGGGGGUUUUGGCGGGAAAACGGGAGUUUUGGCAGGAAAACGGGAGUUUUGGCGGGAAAAUAAGAGUUUUGGCGGGAAAAAAUUAACGGGGAGGGGGGUGUGGGAGUUGAAGAGGGGAAAUUCCUGGAAUUUAGGCGGGAAAAGUCUUGGAAUUUAAGGGGGGAAAAAAAAAUCUUGGAAUUGAAGCGGGAAAAUUCUUGGGAUUGAAGCGGAAAAAUUCCGGGAAUUUCCACGGAAAAAUUGUGGAAUUCAGGCGGGAAAUUUCUUGGAAUUUACACAAAAAAAAAUUCUGGAAUUCACGUAGGAAAAUUCUUGGAAUUUAAGCGGAAAAAUUCUUGGAAUUCCCACGGAAAAAUUCCUGGAAUUUCCACGGAAAAAUCGUGGAAUUCAGGCGGGAAAUUUCUUGGAAUUCACGUGAAAAAACUCCUGGAAUUGGAAAAAUUCAUGGAAUUCCCAUGGAAAAAAUGCGGAAUUCAGGUGGGAAAUUCUUGGAAUUUCCAUGGAAAAAAUUCUGGAAUUUAAGCGGAAAAAUUCAUGGAAUUCAUGGGAGAAAUUCCCGGAAUUCCCAUGGGAAAAAUCUUGGAAUUCAGGUGGGAAAUUUCCUGGAAUUUACACAAAAAAAUUCCUGGAAUUCGCGUGGAAAAAUUCCGGGAAUUCCUAUGGAAAAAUCGUGGAAUUCAGGUGGGAAAUUCCUGGAAUUUCCA